UUCGCCGGUUGCGUGUGCUUGCGAAAGUCCGGUGUUCGUUGACUCACCGUGUCGUUGACAGUCGCUCUUGAUUAAGGUUUGCGUUUUGUUCUGUGGAAGAACGACCUUUCAUAUUCUGUAAACAUGUCUGGCGAUUCUAAAUGGGUGCCCCUAGAAUGCAACCCAGAGGUUAUGACCAAGUUUGUGCGAGCUCUAGGUAUGCCCCCGGAGUGGUCCUUCGUGGAUGUCUUUGGCCUUGAACCCGAACUCCUGAGCAUGGUGCCGACUCCGGUCGCAGCCGUGCUCCUGCUGUUCCCCUACAACCAGUCGUACGUGGACUACGUCGAGGAGAAGAGCAAGGAGAUUGAGGAGUCUGGUCAGGUGGUGAGCGACCGUGUCUACUUCAUGAAGCAGACGAUCAUGAACGCCUGCGGUGCCGUGGCCCUCAUCCACUCGCUCGCAAACUGCCGCGACCUCAUCCAACUGCCGGAUUCGCCCCUCAAGAACUUUCUUGAUACCACACUGCCUAUGAACCCGGGAGAAAGGGGAACCUACCUGGAAGAAUGUGCUGCCAUUGCAACCGUCCACGAGGAAUUUGCCCAGGAAGGCCAGACUGAAGCACCGAGCGCAGAUCAAAAGGUGAACCUGCACUUCAUUUGCCUCGCCAAAGUGGACGGCUGCAUUUACGACCUGGACGGACGCAAACCGUUCCCCAUCAACUGUGGCCCCACGUCCGACGAGACCUUCCUGCUGGUGAGUCGAGACUGCCUUGUUUCUUGA